UAAAGGCGUGACGUCUGCAAAUGCUUUGGGUUCUUCAAUUCUGCAGAGGGGCGCCCGUCCGCCCUGCCCGAGAGAAGAGCGCCUUCGAGAACAACAAGCUAGAGUCGCGGCAGGCUGCGAAACACAGGGACACCGGCGAGAAUACUGUACACCGAACAAUACCAACAACUUUGGGCAGAGGAGAACAAUAAUGCGCUACUGUCAUCCCCGGGGUUAGCGUGUCUGCACAGCUUUCACCGUGACAAGGAGGAAACGGUGGCGGGUACCAUCGGCACGUUUCGUUUCGAUCCCGUCUUCCUCACUGUAGUUCGUGUUUGGACAUGUCCUCCCUAAAUGUAGACGACGAUCAGAGAUGGGUGCCUACACACGUCCAGGUGACAGUUCUGCGGGGCAGGGGGUUGCGAGCCAAGGGCAAACACGGGACCAGCGACGUCUACACCAUUAUUCAGGUGGGGAAGGAGAAGUACUCGACUUGUGUGGUGGAAAAGACCACCUCUCCCGAAUGGAAAGAGGAAUGUUCUUUCGAGUUGUUACCGGGGGUGUUGGAGGAUGGGGAACGGAGCGCAUACCCCCCGGGGAGCAGCGAUGUGAUCCUCACGGUGAUGCACCGGGCGCUUAUCGGUCUGGAUGUGUUUCUCGGACAAGCUGUGAUCCCACUGGAUAAGGCCUUUCAGGACAAUAUAUGCAUGAGAAACGAGUGGUACAAGCUCAACUCCAAGACAGGGAAGAAGGAGAAGGAGAGAGGAGACGUCCAGGUCACCAUCCAGUUCACCCGCAACAACCUGACGGCCAGCAUGUACAACCUCUCCAUCAAGGACAAGCAGCGCUCCGCCUUUGGCAAGCUGAAGGACCGCAUGAGGGGGAAGAAGAGGAGCAGCGAGGAGGACUCCUCGUCCGCCGUCCUGCCCGCGGGCUGCGGGACGCUGCGGACCCGUCUGCCCAGCGACGGCGGCGGCGAGGAGGAGUACGAGGACGACGAGGGAGGCGAGGGGCGCCGCAGCAAGAUGAGGAACUUCUUCCUGAGGGGGAAGCUGCGUAAGUCGUCGGACACGCGCUCCAGCACGUCGCUGGGCUCGGAGAGCAGCGAGUCGUCGUCGCGCGGCGGCAGCCUUAGCCCCACGGCAGGCAUCAGCGUGGUGGUGUCAGACCUGUCGAACUCGCCCAGCAACAGCAGCAACCUGACCGACAACAGCCCCGAGCACACGGCCGGUACUUCGCCCCAGCUGUCGCCCCACAAGUGCGACCUCAGCCAGGAGACCGGCGAGAUCUCCUUCCCCGUACCGCCACCGCCCUUCAACGGAAACCACGUGCACGACAGCCAAUCCCAGGUGGCGGUCUCGGAGGAAGGCUCCGUGUCUCUGCGGCCGCUGCAGAAGUCUCUUCCACUGUCGGUGUCGCUGCAGAACCUGCGUGCCCGGGCCGAGGCGCCGGGCGGGGGGCGGGCGGGGGACGGCCGCCGCUGGUCCUUUGACAAGGCAGGCGAUGAAGAGAAGGCGGCCAUAGCAGCGGCGCUGGAGCAGGCAGGCGUGGCGCUGGGGGGGGAGGAGGAGGGGCUCCUGGAGCGGGGGGCCGCCACCACCCUCGCCGCCGUGGAGGCCGACAGCCAGGACAGGAAGCAGGGGAGGAACGUGUUCGCUCACAGGAGGGAGGAGUGUGCGGGGGGAGAACAGAGCCGGGGCGAGUUGGAGCAGGCCCCUGCCGAGGAGAAGCAGAAAGGCUGGUUCGGAUCAAAGGACUCCCACAGCAAACCCAGCCUGAUGGUGUCCACUAAACUAGAGCCCAGCUCAGAGUCCCCCACCACCCCACCCCCUCCUGGCUCCUCUCCCCCUCCUUCCUCUGUCUCUCUGGGGACCCUACGUCACACUAAUCCCUUCUGCCCCUCACAGAGCCCCCCCACCCCCAUGUCCCCCUCCAACCCCUUCCUCCCCCUCCUGCAGUGUAACCCUUUCUACGAGGACAUGCUGGCUGACAAGGCUAUAACACCAGCUCUGCCCCCUCUGCCUUACCCCUCCAGCUCUGCCCCUCGCCCUCCCCCACUGCCCCCCUCCUCCAGCCCCGGUAAUCCUAACCCCACCCUGCUCAGAGAACGUCCCCUCACAGAGGGGCACUAUGGGAAGGAAGCUAGCGUCACAGUCAGGAAACGACCGCUCCCGCCGAUCCCGUCCGAGGACAACAACCUGACCGGCCAGAGAUCGUCCAAUCCCUUCUCCCCGUCUGGCAGGGCUGCGGUGGGACAGGAAGUUGUGUGGGACGACUCCUUCGAAGCGUUUGCUGCAAACAGGUUGAAGUCUCCGGAGGAAGUUGACAGGCACCGCGGCCCACGGGACACAGCUCACCCUCUGCUGGACGCAGCGGCUGGACCCUGGACUACAGACAGUCACACGCAUCACCCGCAUCUGAAUGCAAACUCUGCUGUCCACCCCUCCCCUACUGCCGGUGCCACUCUGAUGGCAUCCACAUCCUCCUCCUCAACUGAGGGAAACACCAAUCACAUGAAGCUCCUGCACACACUACAACAUGACAUGUCAGCCCACGUUAGCCCAGCCCAGAAUGGCGUUGAAGCACACCUUGAUAGGUCAAAGACCACUAAUCCUGCUGCUUCCUCACCUGAGCUAAUGUCAGGGUGUGAGACCAAGCACACUAUCCUCACUGCCAACACUGUUGAGAUGACCACUAACGCACAUGAACAUCCCAACACACACUCGUCAUUCAGCUCCCCAAACCCACGUGCAGGCCUGGAGCUGGAGCACGUAAAGGUCACCUCCAGCCCUGGUCCUGUAGGAGGUGACAGGGUAGUGGAGGAGGAGGUCACCUCCAGCCCUGGUCCUGUAGGAGGUGACAGGGUAGUGGAGGAGGAGGUCACCUCCAGCCCUGGUCCUGUAGGAGUAGACAGGCUGGUGGAGGAGGAGGUCACCUCCAGCCCUGGUCCUGUAGGAGGUGACAGGGUAGUGGAGGAGGAGGUCACCUCCAGCCCUGGUCCUGUAGGAGUAGACAGGCUGGUGGAGGAGGAGGUCACCUCCAGCCCUGGUCCUGUAGAUCCCACAUCUUCUGAGACAGGCUCUACAGCCCCAGUCUCCUUCGAGCCAAGGCUGGGGGUUCCAUCUCCACAGAGGCCUGGAGAGAAGAGAGAGAAGAACCCUAACCUAGAAAUGAAAGAUUCAGUUGCUAGUUCUGCAGAGGAGGCUAAGCUUUCCAUCUCCGUCGCAACGGAAGAUGUUGAGGCAAGCACUUCCGUUUCAGAUGAUGACCACUCUUUGACCACACCCUCGUUUUACAUCAUGACCUCCUCCCCCGGCGACGGCGGCUCUCUGAAGUCCUCUCCUCUCAGCAUGGCCUCAGGGAUGCCCAGCGUUAUCCAGGGUCCUCCCAAACCAGCCAGGCUGUUCAGCAACUCCCUCAACACCAGCCAGAUAAGAACCAGCCCUAGCCAAGGCUUCGAUGGCGUGCUGUUAAACCCCAGAGUGCUUGACCUGAGCCCUGGCACUCCCAACAUUCUGUACGAGAGUGCCGACUCGCAGCAGUACCAGUCCUGCCACUCCCAGCAGUCCUCCAGGGCCUCCAGUCUCUCAGGUGAGGGACACAGGAUGGAGACGUUUCCCCCAACACUACCCUCCCAGAGUGGGGAGGAAGUUGACGGCGAGGUGGGGUCUUUGUCUUGGCCUGUUACUGGCUGCAAGAACACAGUUCCCUGGGAGCUGGAGGAAGAGGAGGAGCAGUCUGAGGGUUGUAGGGUGUCUGGUAACGUUCACAUCCAGUCGGAAGCGUCCAGUGUUGUCGGGAUGAGUGCGGAUGAGGGGAAAGACGCUGCUCUCCAACCACGUUUCCUGCUCGGGGACUACCUCUCGGAGCCUCAUCUAGAAACGCCCUCCGGAGCACCAGGCAACGGCAGCCGCUCACCGCCCGGGGCUGAGAAGGAAGCAGUCAGAGGGACCCAGGAUGUCGGGUCAGGUGACCAGCGUUCAGAACACUCUCCUGUUCUUCAGCCCGGGGCGCUCCAUCGCUCCCUCUCCGAGGGCACGGUCACGGCUGGUCUCCAGGAUCUGUCAUCCUCGUUCGGUAGCGACCCCGGCGUGAACCUGGACACUUCCUCUCUCCACCCUGACCCCUACCUUCCUGCCUCUCCCAACCCCUGUCCUCUAACCGCCAGUAGCUCCUCCUCCGCUCCUCCCUCCCUCUCUGUCCGUGCCACGCUGAGGUCAUCAGCCAGCCCGGCCCUGCCCACUGCCUGUGUCCCCGCUGCGAUUGGUGCACCACAUGCUGCCAUGCUGCCCCCGGACACACAGCAGGCAGCCAAUCAGGAGAACAGCCCCCACGCGGUGAAGCCCCUGAGCGUGCCGGCGGAGGAGAAGGGCCGCUCGGUGUUGGCCAGUGGCCUGGAGAAGCUUCGAUCCACCAUCCACCCGGGGAGGAGCGGACAGCUGGCCGGGCCGGAGCCAGAGAGGAGGAAGUCACUGACAGAAGGGGCGGGGUCCUACUACCACCUGACCCACAGCGAGCUGGUGUCGCUGCUGCUGCGGCGGGAGGCGGAUCUAGAGAGGCAGAGGGCGGAGUUUGAGCACCAGGGCACCCUGCUGGGGCGGAGGGAGGCGGAACUGCGCCGGCUGAAGCCCCAGGUGAGAGACCUGGAGGACUACAUCGACACGCUGCUGGUCCGCAUCAUGGAGCAGACACCCACCCUGCUGCAAGUACGCACCAAGCUCAAGUGACCAGGGGCAAAGACGGCACCGCGGCCCUGCACCGGCCGACUCCGACACUCCCAGCCCGCCCGAUGCCCAACAAUCACACACACACGGCUGUCUAGUAUUUUCACUGCUGUGCUGUCCUUUUUGAUCUAGAGAUUCCAGCAAUGAGAAAUGUGUCUUUGUGUUGGCAUGCUUUCCUGUGCUGGAACACGUCCGUGCUGAGUGGGUGGGUGGGGGAGGGGGUCCUCAGGUUGCUUCAGGUCAAAGCAGUUGGUCUUCAGCUGAAAGAGUUGGCUCAAGCGGCUUAAACAAAAACCCAGAAUCCUCUUUGCAAUACUUAUGAUUGUAGAAACAAAUCACUUUGUCACAACCGUAAAGACAAAAAAACGUUCCCUCGUGAGCAGCAACCGUUGAGAAGCUACAAACCAAAUGAAUGUUCCCCUCACGUCACUUGCAGCGGUGAAGGAAACGAUCCUUGGGGGCAGCAAGAUCCAGAAAGUGUUCUUAGCCAGCAAGCAAAUAGUUCGACUGUUGAUGCACGAAAGGUGCGCGUUGAUAUGUAUUUUUGGGCUUGUUUUCUUUGACGUCUUCUGACGGGCAUGCCUUGAUGACACGCAGGCUCUGCUAGGGAGCUCACGCAGGGUCGGUUUAGCCACGACGACGUCCCCCCGUGUCACAUCACCAUGUUGGGUCGGGGUUCAGCCUCUCCCAGCCCCCGCUUCUGCCUUGUGCUGUUCCUGAAGAACAUGCUCACAAACACGCUGGUACUAGACACCGUGUCUGUCACACCUGCCCCCCCUCCUCUACCUGUCACCCCCCACUCCCUAACUGCCCCCCCCUGACUCUCCACCCCCCCAUAACUGCCCCCCCCCCCCCGACAUCUCCCUAAUGCUUCAGCUCAGGCACGCAUACUGCUUAGUGCUUUCAGGUGUGUUACAAAAGGGAUAUAUUCCGUGUAUCUACAGAGUAUAUGUCGUACUGAAAUGCCAAACGCUGCCUUAUUUUUUGGUCAAUGUGAAUAGUUUUGUUUCAUUACAGCACUUCAUUGAAUUACGCAUCUUACUCCUGUGUCUGGGGACUGCGUAUUUGUGAGAUGCUUUCUCAUGAUAUUAUUUCGAUAAUUGCACCAAGUUUAGUGGUAAACAUACCAAUAGAAAAUUUGCUGAAAAUUCCUGUUACAAAACCCCAAGCCAAGCCUUGAAGAGUGUGGAGCAGACAUCCAGAGUCACUGUUCAGUAUUCAGAUAGAGUCACUGUCACAGCUUCUAGAUGUGUCCUUGCACCGCACUACUACAGCUCUGUUUGUGUCAGCACAGCCGGAUUUCCCAGCCUGGUUGACAGCCUGGUUUAACAGCUUGGUUGACAGCCUGGUUUGACAGCACUGUCCACUGCUAUAAGACUGAGGACUUAGAGGGCGAAAUACAGAUUUUAAAACUUACAGCAAACAGAUUGAAGCUCCUCAUUUCAACGCUGCUGUCCAGUUGCAUCAUGGCGUGCUUAGUCGAUUUAGAAAGACGUGCUAGAUGUGACUCGACGCCAUGUCCUCCAUGUGUAGCUUGACUUCAGUAACUGACUGUAUUCUGUCCCGAUUGUGUAGCUGAAGGAUUGUGCUCAAAGGUUGGAAAGUUUACAAUUCGUAAUGCAAUUGUUUCACAUAUUUUGUAUAUUUAAUAAAGAAUAUUUUGUGUUUCUUGCUCA